AUGUUGACAUUCUCUAGUAUAAAGGCAGGUAUUGGGGAGGAGGAGAAGCUGGUGAACCAGAUUGUUUCACAGAGGAAGCUGUCCAAAUCCUUACUGAAGCAUGGAAACACGGCAGGAAAGUCUUCCAUAACGGUGAUUGCUGAGGAGCUGUCCGGUAAUGAUGACUAUGUCGAACUGGCAUUCAAUGCACGGAAAUUGGAUGACAAGGAUUUCUUCAGCAAGUCUGAUCCAUUUCUGGAGAUCUUCCGCAUGAAUGAUGACGCUACUCAACAGCUUGUCCAUAGGACUGAGGUUGUGAUGAAUAACUUAAGCCCAGCUUGGAAAUCGUUCAAAGUCUCUGUAAAUUCUCUGUGCAGUGGAGACCAGGACCGUCGACUGAAGCCCUGGGUAGGAAGAGUAGUUUGCUUCUGA